AUGAGGUCGAGCAAUGGGUGCCAUGCCUUCUUUUGGCAGCCGGGACCUCGCGUUGGAUGGCCUACGCUCCUGCAUUCCUUCAAGCUCCCCGGCCGGAACCUGCUACGUGCAGCUGCUCUCGUGGGGACGAAGCAUGCCUUCCAUCAGUCCUUAGGAGCCGCACGAUAUCUGAAUACAAAAUCAGCCCCAUCAACCGAACCAAACUCUCCCCGUAAACUGAGGAUGAUAAUCCUCGGGGCCCCGGUAUGUGCAGGAGAUUGGUACUGGCGAAGUGCGUUGAGCCCCACACUGGCUGACACCGUGACCCGCCUCGGGCUCUGGUUCCCGUAAUCGGUCCCAGGGUUCAGGCAAAGGAACUCAAGGGGAACGAAUACUCAAAAGUAAGUGCACGAAAAAGCAUUGCGACGUAAAGCAGCUCAACCGAUGCUGAUGGUUCUGUGCCGCACCAUGCAGAGUGGGAUCUCGCGACCAUUGGGGUCGGCGAUUUAUUGCGAGCGGAAAUCCUCAGAGGAACCCCGUUGGGUUCUGUGGCCAAGAAAGCAAUGUCAGCAGGAAGUGAGACCACUUAUAAUUAUGCCCCAAUUAUCUGCGUGACUAUUUCCUUGGAACUGACCCCUCUUCUCUUCGCAAAACGGGGCGAUAUCAGCUUUGCUUCCAGACGAAAUCGUACUUCGAUUGAUUGAACCGCAACUGCACGCUCUAAGUGAUAGAGACUGGAUUGUGAGUAUAGCUACGCCACCAUUCUUGGAGUCCACUUUGGUGUUGUACUUCUCAAAGUCGCCUGUCUGGUCUUCUGUCGCGCGCUGACCUCCCACCGGUGUGCAAUCUGCCGCUCCCAGCUCGACGGCUUCCCCCGCAAGGCCUCUCAAGCCACACUCCUUGACAAGCUUCUAGCCUCAUCUGAGGACUCGCUGAACCUGGUCGUGAACCUAAAUGUGCCGGACGAUGUGAUCCUAGAGCGGAUCGAGGGGCGUUGGCUUCACGCCCCCAGCGGUCGAGUUUAUAACAACUCGUUCAAUCCGCCCAAAAUACCGGGCAAAGACGAUCUCACGGGCGAGGAUUUGACGCAAAGACCCGACGACACAGCAGUGAGUGCUGGCCGCCGGUAGACGGAGGACGUUUGCUGGCAAUGGGACACCACUGACGAAGAGUGCUGCGCGAGGCAGGAGAUAUUCUCGAAACGAUUGGUCGCAUUCCAUACCGAAAACGAGCCAUUGCUCCAGCACUACGCAGGAACAGACGCGGAGGUUAUGACCCUCACAGGAUCGACAAGCGACGAAAUUUAUCCGCAGCUAGAAGCUUUGUUGGAAGACAGGGUACGUUUGGACGGAUGA